UCACCUUCCAACUCCUCCGAUCUUGAUCCUCGUAAAAAUGAUCUUAGCAGGUAAUUAAUCUAUGUCAGGUAUAUAAGGUAAAUUAUCUCACAUCUCGGACAUUGUUUUCCCAAACAUACUUUGAACAAACAUUGUAAAUCUUUCAGAACAAUGCGUGCUGCUACUUUGGUGCUUUUUGCUUGUGCUCUUGCCGUUGGGGUACUUGGUGAGAUGCCACCAGAAUCAGAACGUGCAAAAAUGAUGAAGAAAUGUAUCACAGAAUCAGGACUCGAUGAGUCUGCCAAGAAAGAUAUUUUCAUCAUGUCCGAGGGAGAGCCUAGUCAAAAAAUAAAAUGUUUCCAUGCUUGUAUGAGCAGAGAAAUGGGUGUCAUGGUUGAUGGAAAUAUUAACAAAGAUAAGGCCAUCGAGAUGAUUCCGGCUGAUUUUCCGGAGCGUGAAAAAGCUGUUGAAGUUUUUUCGAAGUGCAGUGAAGAGAAAGGAAGCGAUGACUGUGAGACAGCUUAUCUCGUUUUCAAAUGCCUGCGUGAUAAUAAGAUGAUACCUCCUCCUCCUCCCCGUCCGGAAUAAAAUUGAGGAUUUCUGAUCACUUGGAUAUUGUAUAAAGAUGACUCACGCUCCUGACAACCGACCUAAUUGAAAAUUAUGUAAUGAAAUGGUAAUAACAAUAACAUGAAUUAGUAUAAUGUUACAAUUAAAAAUGUUGUAUGGAAAUUAAUAAAAUAGUAGAGUAAUAAACAAAC